AAGAAUUUGUCUGUAUCUUUCUGGAAUUCCUAUUGGAUGCUGCCCUCUGAUGUUUGUGGAAUGAACUGCUUUUGGGAAGCUGCUUUUAGAUAUGAUUAUAUGAAAACACAUCCUUCUGAGAAAAUGCAUCUAGCAGUGGUUGCCUGUGGCGAAAGACUGGAAGAGACUGUUACUAUGUUGAGAUCAGCAAUUAUUUUCAGCAUCAGACCUCUCCAGUUUCAUAUUUUUGCUGAGGACCAAUUGCACAAGAGUUUCAAAGACAUACUUGAUGACUUCCCCUAUGAAGGAAAAGUUAAUUACACGCUAUAUCCAAUAACAUUUCCAACUGAGAGUGCUGCAGAAUGGAAGAAAUUGUUUAAGCCAUGUGCUUCACAAAGGCUAUUCUUGCCAUUAAUCCUCAAAAAUGUGGAUUCGUUAUUGUAUGUUGAUACUGACAUCCUAUUUUUGAGACCUGUUGAUGAUAUUUGGUCUUUUCUGAGAAAGUUCAACUCCAGUCAGAUUGCUGCAAUGGCACCAGAACAUGAAGAACCUCGUAUUGGGUGGUAUAAUCGCUUUGCUAGACAUCCGUUUUAUGGAGUCACUGGAAUAAAUUCUGGAGUCAUGUUGAUGAAUAUGACGCGUAUCAGAAGAAAGUAUUUCAAGAAUGAUAUGACAACAGUCCGGUUACAGUGGGGAGAAAUUCUUAUGCCACUGCUGAAGAAGUACAAGUUAAACAUAACGUGGGGUGAUCAGGAUCUAUUGAACAUUAUAUUUUUUCACAAUCCAGAAAGUCUUUAUGUCUUUCCUUGCCAAUGGAAUUAUCGACCUGACCACUGCAUUUAUGGAAGCAAUUGUAAGGAAGCUGAAGAAGAAGGUAUAUUUAUUCUUCAUGGAAACAGAGGUGUUUACCAUGAUGAUAAACAACCGACUUUUAGGGCUGUGUAUGAAGCAAUAAAAAAUUAUUCAUUUGGAGAUGACCUGGUUCAUUCCCUGUUACAGCCCCUAGAACUGGAAUUACAGAAAACAAUGCGUACAUACUGUGGAAGAGUAUACAAAGUAUUCAUAAAGCAGCUAACAAAAAGCAUAAGAGAUUUGCAUGAUAGAAGAUCAAAGGGAAGGUGAUUCUUACUCCGAACUUUUAAAAUAAGAGACUGAAUUUACAUGCUGUUUGCAAGGUGCAGAAGAUCUAAUAUGGCUUGAAUUGCCUCUUAAUGUGCCCAGAUAAAAGUUUACCAGUAUACAUACAAAUGAAGAGAAUAUUUGUGUUGUGAAGAACAGGAACUUUUUUUCUGCAAAGGUGACUUUUUUACUCUUUUGAAGUUUAAUCAGUGCUAAUGUUUAUCUUGGAUCUGAUGAGUUUAGACAUUACUGCUGUUUGUGGUCGGUAGUUUUAGUCUGCGUAAUUCAGUUAUCUUUAAUGAUCAAAUGAACGAGGGGAAAAAUGAAGAUGGCUGUAUUUGGGGAGUGUACCUCAUAUUGUCUAAAAUUCUGUUAAACUGUGAAUAUAGCAAUAAUUGAGUCAGCAGCACUAACCUCACUUUAAAAGUGUGAGCACAAAGUUGUUUACAAGUGCAGAAAAUACUCUGUUUUCAAAGGAAUGUGAUAUAACCAUUGACAAUCUAUAUGUGCCUUUAUGUGUUCAUCUCUUACAUGUUGAAUUACUGUUUUGACAAUCUUAUUUCACUUAUUUUAGAUGUAAACUGCACACUAUAAAUAAGAUUUUCAGAGAAAUGAAUGACUAGUAUGUGAUACUAGCUUUUCCUGUCUGUAGAUGCUGAGACUUUAUUUUAAUAUACAGCAUUUGUUUCAAGGUCAUUGAGCCAUCUGCCCAAAUGGUAUAGUUGAGUUGUGGGUUUUUGGCUUUUAAGAAAAAUGCAAUAUGAAGUUGUUUUUCUUACAAUACUUUUUAAAAAAUUAUAUGGCUUUGUAGCUUUGCAGGGCAUUUUUGGAAGUAGAAAAAACACAGUGGAAUGCUAUCUCUGUUUUAUUUCGUUACGAAGAAUUAUUAUGUGAUGAUUAUUAUGGAGUAUUUAGUACCUGAAAGUGAAGAGCUGUAAUAAGAGUGCUGAUGCUUUAUCAGACUGUAUAAUGGAUGGGUUCCUUAGAGGGUAUAUCUUGUUACUAUAUAUUUUUAAUAAUACGACUUUAAAUUUGUCUUGGACCAGAUCCUCACACCAUUAUUUCAGUAAAGUCAAUAGGGUGGUAGUGAUUUACAACAGAUAAGGAUUAGGCUCUUCUGUAGUUUUAUUAAUGAAAAAACAUGUUCUGUUGCGUGAUAUAAAUUUCAGAGAGAAGCACAUGAAGUAAAAGGCUGUGUUCUAAUGUAACAGUAAAAUAUUAUUUAAACUUGCAUGGUAUGAAAUGUGUUUUUAAAGUAUACUUGAACUGAAUUUGGAUAACCUAACUGAGAUGAAGUCUUCAUAAAGUGUUUUUUUGGAUUUCAGAGAAGUUCCUGUGCAUUGAGCAUUGAAGAUCCUCUCAUUGACUUGCACCUUCAUCCCAACCCCAUCCUAGAAACUUAUUUUUUGUGGCCAUUUCUUUGUCAAAGGCUGCCUUUCUCCAAUGAAUCUUAGAUCCAUGUGAGCUAGGUGAAUGCUUUAGCAGUACAAAUACACACUACAUUGUAAAUGGAGCUUGUAUUCUAUUCCCAGACCCUGCUGGCUCAGGAUGUAAAUGUCUGGGAUAGAAAAUGGAAGACAGUCCAACUUGCAUGUAGUUAUGAUUUCUUUUCCUUGUUAUGUAAUCUUUCUAAGUCUGAAAAUCUAGAAAUCUAUGUGAAGGUGAAAACUGUUAUUGAUUCAUUUAUAACUUG